AGCGUCACGUGUCCGGAGCGGGGCAGGCGGAAGCGGCUCCCGGUUCCGCUUCCCGGUGCGGCUGGCGGGACGGGCGGCGCCAUGGCCGGUAUCAAAGCCCUGAUCAGCCUGUCCUUCGGCGGAGCCGUCGGCCUCAUGUUCCUGAUGCUGGGAUGCGCCCUCCCCCAAUACAACCAGUACUGGCCACUGUUUGUUCUGUUUUUUUACAUCCUCUCUCCUAUCCCGUACUGCAUAGCAAGAAGAUUAGUAGAUGACACAGAUGCUACAAGUAAUGCCUGCAAGGAGCUAGCAAUAUUUCUUACAACAGGCAUUGUUGUAUCAGCAUUUGGGCUACCCAUAGUGUUUGCGAGAGCACAACUGAUUUACUGGGGUGCUUGUGCGCUCGUUCUUACGGGGAACACGGUCAUCUUUGCCACAAUCCUAGGAUUUUUCUUGGUCUUUGGCAGCAAUGAUGACUUCAGCUGGCAGCAGUGGUGAAAGGAAGAUCAGAGAACUAUGACAGGCAUCUUGUCAUGCAGUGGCCAUCCAUACAAAUGGGAGAAUGGGCAAUAAGAGAAGUAGCGUAGCAAGCCUCUUGAGUAUUCUAGAUGCUCCUUUUCACCGUGUUUGUGUUGAGUGUUCUACUGUUGCUGACAGGGUUUCUACAUUUUAAUGAAGUGGAGAGAUGAUUGGUUUCAUUUUUACCUAUGGUAUGUUUUUUAGGUACUCUCUCAGUUUAAAAUUGACAUCCUUCUGUCAUGUGUUUAUGUGAAGCUUUAAAUCUGGAACAAGAACAUUUAAACAUGGUUUCAAAACAGGAUUUAAAGUUUUGGGUUAUUUAUGUUAAGCAUUAAUACUAUGUUUCAGGAAAUGUUUUUGUUUCUCAUAUGCUGAUUAAAUUAUACACAAGCUGAAUGGAGGUAGGAGGUUGUGCACCUCCAUUGUCAAUUACCAGAUCAGUGGAUUGCUGCUGUAUUUUAGCAGAGGCAAGGUGGGGCAGGGAGUACCAGUUGCAGAUUUUUCUUCUGCCCAUACCUCAAACUGGGUGAUGAAUGUUGAUAGCCUUCAUUUCAGGAGAAGGCAGAGGAGCAGGUGGGAUUAUUUGGGAGAGGUCCUAAAUUUUAACACUGCUAGCACUUUUACCUGCUUUGUUACCAAUUCAUAUGUGGCUGUGACAUUCAAAUACUCUGUAAAUGUAUUGAUGCUAUGACAUACAAAACUGAAGUGUAUUGUAGGGGAAGGGAAAAUGAUGUUUAAAUUCCAUUUUUAAAAAUAUCUUUUGAACUGUUUCUAUUUAUAAGCAUUGUAUGGUUUUGAACUUUUAUGUCAGCUUUCUACUGCGAAGAUGUAAAAAUGUUCAUUUAUGGAACUACUGGUCUGUGUUAAUUUGAAUCAUAUACAGAGCUGUUUCCUCCUUCCCUUUUUAAUUUAUUUUAUACAUAGUAUAUAUACAUACAAUAAAACAGCUUUUCAAAUGUAGAUGAAACCCUUUGUGUUAAGAAUAAUAUUUUUUUUUCUUCCCCUCUUCACAAUGCAGCUGAGGUGUGACUUUUUUGGAGUCACUGCCUGAACUGAUUUCACUGACUUUUUAAGUUCUUAGGCACUGUUGGUUAAUAGGAUGUAACAUUAUGUCUGUAACUGUAGCUUGUGUUCUGUAAGAUUUCACAUGUAGCCUCCAAUAUUUAUGACAGGUUUUCUGCAUACCUCUCAAUUGUCUGGGUUUUUAAUUUAACUAAAUCUGCCAUUCCAUCACAAGAUAAUUGAUGAGUGCCAGGUAACCAGGUUUGAUUGUAUAACGUGCACUGAUAAACUUGACCAAGCAUACUUCUAUAUUUUUGUUCAGUUCUUUAAAAAGAGCCUAGGAAAUUUACUGUGCAUAAUUAAAGGCUGAUGAUUGCUAAAGUUUUGCUUAAUGGUGGAGCAGUAUGCAGAGACACAAAACUGCAGGUCUUAGCUGUAGUAUUUGUGCACCAAUGUAAACAAAAAGUAAAGCUGGAAUAUUUGAAGUCUGAUAGGAGGUGGUCAGUAGUUAUGGAGAAAAUAUCCUUGAGGAAUGGAUACCAGCACGUAGGGGCAGCAGGGGUGUAGCCACCUGCACAUACUGCUUUGUUCAUGUUCUACUGUGUGUAAGAGAUCAGUUUUAUCCCUGCUGGUAGAGGAACAAAUAGGUGCCAAGACCACAGUGCAGAAGCCCAUCUAUAGCAGAUGGUCUUUCAGCCAUAUAUAAGCACUUCACCAGGCUGCCUGCUGUGGUGACGAUUGUUUGGAGGUGUGUAAAGGCUGUAGAUUCAUUCUUCAUCACCUUUUUCAGUGAGACUUCUGUAUUCCUGUCUCCAGCACAACAGAUGCUUACAAACCAGUGGCUAAAUUUGCAGUCCUUGUGAAGGUGGAAUGCUUAGGACUUGUACUAAUCUUCUGAAACUGUUACAAACUCGGUUUUGUUUGUUUGUUUGCUUUUUUUGUGGUCAGGAACUGUGUUUUCUUUUCCAUUGCUGUGCUGCUAAGCCUGCUUCUCAAUGUGAUGCUACUCUGUAUGGCUGGGCCAUAGAGCUGACCAUGUAUGUGUUGGCAGUGCAUUUCCUAUAUGUUAAUUACAAUGCAGUGUCACCUUUUGCUUGCACACUGGGUACGUGCAGUAUUGCUCUGAUUUACGAGCUAGACACUUGAGAGGUAUGAUCCUUCCAUAAUAUAUGCACUGAGGUAGUGUUGCCAUCCUUCUAGAGGGAAAAACUUUGAAUUUUCAAUAGCAAUCUUGAGAUCUGUAUGUUUACUCAAAAAUACUCUAAUAAAUGAGUACUUUGUUU